CAGACAGAGGAGAGACAGAGACAGAGGACAGACAGAGGAGAGACAGAGGACAGACAGACAGAGACAGAGGACAGACAGACAGACAGACAGACAGACAGACAGAGUCCUGGUGGGUGUGAUCAUGUCUCCCAGGCGGAUGGAAACCAAACCAGUGAUCUUGUGUCUGAAGACGCUGCUGCUGGUCUACUGCCUCGUCUUCUGGGUGACAGGUGUGGUCCUGCUGUCAGUUGGCUUAUGGUGGAAGUUUAUGUUGGGCCCCUACACGCUGCUCAUCUCCAGUGGCCCCUCGAAUGGCUCCUACGUCCUCACUGCCACCGGAGCCGCCAUCGUGCUGUUCGGACUGUUCGGCUGCUUCGCUACCUGCAGGGGGCGCCCCUGGAUGUUACAGCUGUACGCCGUUUUUCUAUCUCUGGUCUUCAUGACUGAACUCAUCGCUGGAAUCUCUGGGUUCAUCUUUCGGCACGAGAUCAAAGGGACCUUCCUAACCACGUACAGUGACGCAGUGAUGAGGUACGACGGUCGAGAUGACAGGAGUCUGGCUGUGGACGGCGUCCAGCGCAGACUACACUGUUGUGGCGUGUUUAACUACACCAGCUGGAUCAGCAGCGUAUAUUUCCCCGUUGGUGGGAUUCCCGCCAGCUGCUGUAUUAACUUCUCUGACUGCAGCACCGCUGACCUGAAGAACGCCACCGUGGCUGCACGCAAAGUCCACAAACAGGGUUGUUAUGAGUUGGUGACGUCCUUCAUGGAGGGGAACCUGGGAAUCAUUGCUGCAGUCACGUUCGGUGUCGCCUUCUCUCAGUCUGCAGUUCCUCAGAGACUUUUCACUAGGCAUGUGCGAGGAAGUCGACCAUCACAACAACAUGGCGGAGUCCCUCGCUCUUUUUGUGCUGCAAAGUGUAGAUUUACUGUAGCAACUCCACCUCAUCGUUCGUCCAGACAAAGGUUUGUGCUGUUGCCAUUUUGUUUGUUUCUACAUCACCGCUCUGUGACCCGUGUUGUUUCAAUACAAAGUCACACCACCAUCUACUGGCCUGGUGUGUUUACUACAGCACUUUUGGCCAUUUUUGUGGAUCUGUGUGCACACCGAUUGUUAUCAAAACAUUGUCAUCUGAAUGCAGAACUUUUUUCAAAAUGAAAAUGAGAAACGUGUAUACAUGGCCUGAGUAUGUUUACCACACUGAGGUGGCGACAACAGCAACAAUAUAGAUGACAAUUUGUGCAGCAACCUUAAAAAGAAACAAGUUGCUUUUGGCUCUUAUAUACGCCAGCGACUGCAGCUUGGCGAUUAAUGAUCAGACAUUAGAUAACUUUAUUUAAGUCAGAGCAUUCACUGAUUUCACACGCACUCACGCUGCGCUGCUGUUUCUCACGCUGUCAGCCAUCAUCAGUGUUAGGCA